CUGAUUUUGACUGACUUUUUUUUUGUAAAUUGUGAACCCUAGGUAACAAUUUUAUUUCAUUAAUUACUUCUAACAGUUAAUUUAAAUACAUUUUUAUGAAUCUAGACUUAAAAUUAUUUCUUAGCUGUAUUUGAUUACACAGUUUCUAUGUUUACUGGUUCAAACAUUGCAUACAUUAAUCAUGUGGUCUGGUUAUGGCCUUCUGUUUUUAUUUUUUGUGAUUUUUCAAUUAAUUUUAUUUGCUAAUUCAGCCAUCAAUACUAAUAUGAUACCUGAACAUGCUAAAAAGAGUCGAAAAUUGAUUCCUGCUGAUUGUUCACAACCCUUAGUUGGUCAAUACGUUUGUAGUGAACCCAUUAUUGAUCCAACCACGCAACAACCAGUUAAUUGUGAUAAAAAUAACAAAGCUAAAGUAAAUUGUACCCUUCGUGAUGGAUUUUACUGUGAUGGUCAAGAGAAAAAUGUGACAACUUUUUUGCAAGAUAUUGACUGUCUUUACACUAAUGGAUAUUAUUUUGAAACUGCUCUAUUGCUCUCCAUUUUUCUAGGUAUGUUUGGGGCAGAUCGCUUCUAUCUUGGUUAUCCAGCUAUCGGCCUACUGAAGUUAUGUACAUUUGGCUGUUUUUUCAUUUUACAAUUCAUUGAUGUGAUACUCAUUGCGCUGCAAGUUUUAAAGCCUGUGGAUAAUUCAAAUUACAUUAUAAGAUAUUAUGGACCGCGUUUAAAUAUUGUACAUAUGGAUAAUAAUAGCUGGCCACUGAAUAAAAGUGAAUUAUAAACCUAAAUUCGUCCAAAAAAGGCUCAAAUUGACAAAUUCUACUGCGGGAUCUGGUAGAAAUGUUUAAAUGCUGAACCCAGCAUCUCCGACACUUUUCAAUCUGCUAACCUGAAGAUAUUUUUUAUAUUGAAUUAUGCUGAUGAAAAUAGCAACUUCAACUUGA